CGCCGGUUUAGUGAGAUUCAAACAGCGUCAGGGAGAGAACGUGUCGUCGAUUUUGAAUAACGUUCGCGCGAUCGCACUCGACGACAAUAAAUACAAAUCGUGUUAAUACAAAAAAUUGUCACGUUUGUAAUUUUUAUUCUAUUCCUAAAAAAACUAAACUUCCUAUUUUCUAGUCUUUUAGAAACUGUACGUGUGAAAUAUUAAGACGGUGGUAGAAUUAUGGACGUAAAACUUUUCGUAUAGGGAUUUGCAGUUUUCUGUGGCGUGAACUUUACGAUGAUAAUGGCCAGUGCUAAAUUGGUUCGUGACUGUAGUUCGGAGCUGAGUUCCGACGUCAGGUCUUUAUCCGUGGCUUCCUCCACUGAAGAGCAGGAGUCCACCACUUCCGAAUCCGAGUAUACGGAAGAAGAAAAAGAAUAUGAACUCGACGACCUUCAGAUCCUCAAAACUAUCGGCACUGGCACAUUCGGCCGAGUAUGCCUUUGUCGUGACAAAGCAGCGGACGAGUACUUGGCCAUGAAAAUCCUGUCCAUGGCAGACGUCAUUCGUCUAAAACAAGUGGAUCACGUCAUGAAUGAGAAGAACAUACUCGCUGAGAUAAAUCACCCUUUCAUAGUCAAUUUACGAUGGUGGACACACGACGACUCCUGUAUCUACAUGUUAUUCGAUUAUGUUUGCGGGGGAGAACUGUUCUCCUACUUGCGGAACGCGGGCAGAUUCAGCAACACCAUUGGCAAUUUUUACGCAUCAGAAAUAGUAUCGGCCCUAGAAUACCUUCAUGCAAGGAAUAUUGUAUACCGAGACUUAAAACCAGAAAAUCUCCUUUUGGCCAAGGACGGUCAUCUGAAGAUCACAGACUUUGGGUUUGCGAAAAAGCUGACGGACCGAACUUGGACUCUGUGCGGGACACCUGAAUACCUUGCUCCAGAGAUUAUUCAGAGUAAAGGACACAACAAAGCUGUGGAUUGGUGGGCUCUAGGUGUGCUCAUUUAUGAGAUGCUGGUCGGGUAUCCACCUUUCUACGAUGAUAACCCAUUUGGCAUCUAUGAGAAAAUCCUCAACGGACGAGUGGAAUGGCCACGACAUCUAGACCCCGUGGCUAAAGAUAUUAUCAAGAAAUUACUAGUUCAGGAUCGCACCAAGAGACUUGGGAAUAUGAAGUGCGGCACAGAAGAUGUGAAGAGGCACAGAUGGUUCAAGCAUAUAGACUGGGCCGACGUCUUCAUGAAGAAAUUGCAGCCACCUAUAAUACCAGCUGUAUCAUACGAGGGCGAUACUUCCAACUUCGAUGAAUACCCUGAGACCGAUUGGAAGUCAGUACGAGCUCUGGAUCCAGAGGAAUUGAAACUUUUUGCCAACUUUUGAUUGUCACCGCGUAAACGUAAAGGAUGUACAUGUAAAUUAACUUGUUCAAAGUGAGCCACUACCUCCAUAUUUAUUUGGAUAUGAACUAGUAAUCUAAGUAUAUGGAUAGAAAGUCAUGGCUCAAAUGAAAAUUGUCACUUUUAGCAUAUCGAAUCCAAUACAACUCGUUUUUGCUAUUAAAGUUAACACGGAACAAAUGAAUUUCGCGUCGAUAAGUGUUUACUUUUCUAUUUCAAACACUUUUGAAUCGAAUUUUACGCAGUGUGUAAAGGAAACCAUCGUGAAAAGCGAAUUAAAAAUAUGACUUCCCAUAUAUAUAUAUAUAUUGUAGGUACUGAAUAUAAAAUGCAAUGAUGAGUAUAUUAACUGAUUUUGCCUGUAUUUUUCGGAAUAGGUUUUUUUAGAUUGUUCUUAAAGAGGAUAUAUCGAUGCCUUACUUUCUCAAGCUCGUAUCUUAUAAAGAGUGAUUAUUCAGGAUAUAGCAAAACUUUCUAUUUAUUUUCAAUUGUUUUAUUAAAGGUGUUAAUUUGGAUGCAUUACUUCAAGAAAACGUAAAAGCCAGUGUGGAAAUAUGAAGGGAAGGUGAUGUGAAAUCAGUCUGCUGCAAUUGGUAUAUACAAUGGAUUCUUUGCAUUUUAGUAACUUUGUGUUUUAAGAUACGAGUGUGAGAAAGUAAGGCGACGAUUGUAUAACAGACCGAGAGAUUAAAGCUAUCUUUAUUUUGAACGAUUUUGUGGUCUGAAACAUGCAUUUAAAAAGAUAGCUUGAUCUCAUAAAGAUAAUAUUGAAGUAACAUUAAAGGAAAAUAAUUAUUUUUAUACUCAUUUAGAACUCUAACCGCCAUGUUUAAAUAAUAAAUUUUUGAAGAGGCUUAACAAUUCAACAUUAUUGUAUAUAAGUUAAUUUGUAAGAGUAAUGCGUUAAAAUUCCAAUGCUUUCUAGUGCAACUGUAGUUAAGUAAGAAUUAAUUUUAAGUUUCAUGUCAUGCAGAAAUCCAAUGUUUGUGAUUUAAUAUUUAGUAAAUAAAUAGAUAUACAGAGGGAAAGAAAAUAAUUUGAUCAUACUGCAGUUGGUGAUAGUAUUCAAGAUAAUAUCAAUAGCAUUUUUAAUUAUCUCAAAUAUUUUUCUCUGUCUAUACAAAACAAUAUUUUUUCGUUAUAUAUUUGUUUUAUUUAUGAGUAUGAACAGUAGCUGCAAUGUGGUUGGAACAUUCUCUGCAAUAUCCUGUAAUUAAUUUUAUUGUAGUUGAACAUCAUAAAUAGUUAUAUAGGUAUUUAUUUUUUAUUUUAUGUGUGUAAUAAUGCACCGUUUUUGUGUGACAUUGCAAAAGCUAUGUUGAUGCAAAAACGUUUUAAAGUCGUGGAUUCUUUUGUUUUAAAUCCGUCCUCAAAUAAUACAUUUUGUGCGUAAUAUUUUUAUUUGUGGUCGUGGUUAUACGAUAAUAUGAUGUUCUCAUUUCAUCUAGUUAUCCCGCGUUUUAAGCACAUUACUGUAAAUUAUGAAGAAGUACCUAUCAUAAAAAUAAAUUAGAUAUACAAGCGGAUGAAAACGGCUUGAGGUGAGAGCUCGUCUUUGAUUAUUCAGUGGUGAUAUUUAUGCAACUUACCAGUUAUAAGCAGAAUUUAUGGGUCAGCUUGUUGCCUUGGUUACUCGAAAUAACUUAAUCAAUUUCCUCGGUAAUUGAUUCCAAGAAGAAUCUUGUUAGUUUUGAAAAUUGAACUAUUUAAAACAGAUUUGGAUCCUUGAGCUACAUCUCUAAUUUAAUUUAAUUUUUCUGGUUCACGUAAUACAAGAAAUACUUUUGUUUAAAGCCAAAUAAUUGACGUAAUAUCUGUAGGUGAGAGGUAAAUAAAUUUUUACUACAGAGUCUUUCAAAGAUUAUUAUGCUGUUAAUUAAGCAGUAAAGGUCAAAUGAAAUACAUUAAAUAAAAAAUUAACGAUGAUAGGACUUAAUGUUACCAUUGCGUGAUUUUUAGCAUCCUAAAGCAUUGUUUGUAAAAACAUCUAAAUUCCAAAAUAUGGACAAGCUCUUUUGCCUUUUAGCUACAGGUAUUAUCUAUUUCGUUAUUUCCAACUCUCAAGCCAAAAUCAUCCGUUUAAAUCACCAGUAGCCUAAAAGAUUAAUGUUUGCGGGCCAUACUUACUUACUGUGAUCUUCGUAGUCAAAAUAAUUGUGAAGUGAAAUUGGCAUUGUUUGUCAAACUAUUAGAGAAGAAUUGAAGAACCCUAAUCGUUAACUAUUAAUCAUUCUUCAUUAGAGAAAUGUAAUAAUUGCUAAAUGUAACAGGGUUGUAAAGUGUAUUAGAAAAUAGAUAUUUAAAAUAAAUGCGUUGUUUAA